AGCGAUGCCCGUGGCAAUUUGCUUCAGACUCGUUGACGGAACCAUCACCGGCGGUCCGUCGCCUACGGCCAAGGAGAGUUUCGGGAUACUUAUUCUCUUCAAGGGGGGAGACACCCAGCCCUUUCCAAGAACAUAUAUCCUAUCGAUUGACUGCGCGUGAUAGCAUAUAUUAUUGGAGUGGAUCUGUAUACAAACGCCGGAUCUUCAAUAGCAAGCUAUCAAGUUGGCAAAGGCUACGAAACCGCUUAUUUUAGGUCCGAACUUAGCGGCAGGGGAGGCUGGAGUUGAUCGAGGCACUUUUGAUCAGAAGCUCUACGUCAGCGAUCGCUUAGUGAAUUUUACAUGGCCGUUGCGGCUGCCGUUCUUCCACGCCACCAUGGUCGACAUUCAAGCUGGCUGCUUUGGUAACCUCUUCAGGAAGACCAAAUCUCGAACCAUACCCAGGAGUAGUACUACUACUCCUGAGCUUUCAAAGCCAGAGACAGAAUGUUCCAAGGGCUGUCUGAAUCUUAGCUGCGACUACUCGUAUGCGAACCCCUCGACGUGGUGGAACAUUAACGACCCCGUUCCGACCUAUUCUCCGCCCCAAGGUCUCCUUGAUUCCUUCCAGCGUCAGGACCUCGUUGAUAUUGUCGACAACACUCUUGAAAGUCUCAAUCACACCCUUCGACAGCUUAGCUUGAAAAUUCACGAUCAUCCAGAACUCGGUUUCGAAGAACGAUAUGCCCACGAUCUUCUCUGUGCCUACAUGGAGAACCACGGUUUUCAGGUCACCAGACAGUAUCUGGGACUAGAUACUGCUUGGCGUGCCGAGUACACGCAUGGAAAGGGCGGUAGCACUCUCGGCAUAAAUUCUGAAAUGGACGGCCUCAGCGGUAUCGGCCAUGCUUGCGGUCACAAUCUUAUCGCUAUGAGCGGAUGUGGGGUCGCUAUCGCAGUAAAGGCCACCCUGAAAGCUCUGGACAUCCCAGGAAAGAUUAUACUUCUCGGUACGCCCGCCGAAGAACGUGUGGGGGGUAAGAUCAUCCUGCUGGAACGCGGGGCAUAUAAAGAUAUGGAUCUUUGCAUCAUGUGUCAUCCGGGACCCGGACCUUCCAACUCGGCUAAUCUUGGCUCGACGACAGCGAUGCAAGAGGCAGAAGUGGAAUAUUUUGGGCAAAGCGCGCACGCGGGGGCUGCCCCAUGGGAAGGAACUAAUGCCCUCGACGCCGCCUUCUUGGCGUAUUCGAGCAUCUCCGUCCUUCGACAGCAGAUUAAACCUGACCAUCGUAUUCACGGCAUACUAGGUGGAAAAAAUUGGACUGCAAAUGUUAUACCUGACUACGCUCAUAUGACCUGGAUUGUCCGCGCACCUACUCAUGGGGAAGUAGGUGAAUUUGCUCAGCGUGUCAAGGCUUGUUUUGAAGCAGCUGCCCUAGCAACGGCAUGCAAAGUUAAGAUAAAAUUCUCGAGUCCUUAUUAUGAACUCCUCCAGAAUAGCGUUCUUGGAAAAGAAUUCGCCGACAAGGUCGGGAGGAACUAUGGUAUGGUAUCAUCAGACAGAGAUGGAUCAUCAGCCUCAACAGACUUUGGAAAUGUGUCAUUCGCCUUGCCCGCACUUCACCCAUGCUAUGCUAUUCCGACCGAACCCAAAGGGGGUAAUCACACACCUGCAUUUACCAAAGCCGCGGCAACUAUGGCAGCCCAUGAAGUUACAAUGACCGUAACCAAAGGUCUUGCUCUCACAGGACUCCGGGCGUUGUCCGAUAAAGCUUUCCUCAAAGCUGUCAAAGCAGAAUUUGAAACUCAAAUAAGGGCUUCCGUAGUUUGAUCAACGAAGGACAUACGAACGGCUGUAUUAGUCGCCAUAAGGUACGUGUACUUACAAAGUAUUGAUUUUUGCCGUCGGUGAAUUAACCCCUUCAAUGAUUUACUCCUUUGAUUAAUUAGUGGGCGUAUCUCGAAACUUGUAUGUAUGGGAAACCACCUGUCGCGUUGAAUUCCUGUAUCCUUUUAUAUAUGAUUUCUCAAUUUGCGCUGAAAUUAGGACGCACCGUAACCGACGGCUUUACGAGCAGAGAUCACGUCCGGCCCUCUAGUCGCCUAUCCUGUUUAGAAAUGUGGAUCGUGGGCAGAAAGCAAGACGCCGAGACUCGAGGCAUUUGCCUACUC